AUGUGGCUGGAAGAAUCCCAAAUGAAAUCAAAAGGUGCCCGACAUCCCCAGCUGAUACCUUGCGUCUUCGCUGUUGUUUCCAUCUCACUCCUCAGUGCCUGCUUUAUCUCAACUUGUCUGGUGACUCAUCAUUACUUUUUACGCUGGAAGAGAGGAGUUGUGGUGAAGCUAUCAGACUACCACACAAGGCUAACAUGCAUCGGAGAGGAGCCACAGCCCGGAGCUACAGGAGGUACGUGGACCUGCUGUCCUGUUAGCUGGAGAGCCUUUCAAUCUAACUGCUACUUUCCUCUUAAUGACAACCAGACCUGGCAUGAUAGCGAGAGGAACUGCUCAGGGAUGAGUAGUCAUCUGGUGACCAUCAACACCGAAGCAGAACAGAAUUUUGUGACUCAGCUUUUGGAUAAACGGUUUUCCUAUUUCCUGGGACUUACUGAUGAGAAAGUGGAAGGUCAAUGGCGAUGGAUGGACAAGACACCAUUUAACCCACGCGAGGUAUUCUGGCAAGUUGGGGAACCCAAUAACUUUAUGGAAGAAGACUGUGUUGUCCUUGUUUAUAAACAAGAUAAAUGGGUCUGGAAUGACUUUCCUUGUCACUUUGAAGUGAGAAGGAUUUGUAAAUUACCUGGAAUAACAUUCAAUUAG